UAGUAUUCAUUAAUCAUGAAAUAUUCAGAAUAAAUUACCAAAAUACUAAGCCAAUGCGAGCACUAUUUAAGCACAACAUUAAUUCUAAAUUUGCAGUCACUUUUAGUACGCCAUACAAAUCAGUCUCAAUAUCGCAAAAUGAACACGACAGUGGAAUUGUUCUUUGGAUUACCUCCUAAAGAUCCUGAGACGAAACAUUUUCCUCUUCUUGAUUCGCCUUGGCCCCUCACUACAAUUAUCGCGGUGUAUUUAAUAUUUGUCUUGAAGCUUGGACCAAAGUUUAUGGAGAAUCGCAAGCCAUACAAUCUUACAUAUAUCUUAAGCAUCUAUAACAUCUUUCAAGUGAUAUAUAAUUCGAUUCUGUUCGGCUUGGGUAUAAACUACAUGAUAAUUAAUCCAGCAUAUGACCGGAGCUGCAUGAUGCACCUUCCGCUCGACCAUCCUGAAAAGUAUAUUGAACGCUGGAUAUGUUACACAUUCUUUAUUAACAAGAUAAUAGAUCUAUUGGAUACCGUUUUCUUCGUUCUUCGGAAAAGCUACAAGCAAAUUACCUUACUGCAUGUCUAUCAUCAUGUGCUAAUGACUGCUCCCGCAUAUUGGGUUUUCCAGUUUUAUGGAUUUGGUGGACAAUAUGCAACGAUGGGAUUUUUGAACACCGGCGUUCAUGCUGUUAUGUACUUCUAUUAUUUCAUCUCAGCAAGGUAUCCCGAACUAAAGGGCAGUUUGUGGUGGAAGAAGUAUAUUACCAAACUGCAGCUUUUGCAAUUUAUUAUUCUAUUCAUCCAACCGAUCUAUGUGCUGCUCUUCAAUCCUGGUUGUAAAUUCCCACUAUUUUUACAUAUCUUGCAAUUGAUUGUCUCUACUUCUAUGGUGACAAUGUUUAGUAGAUUUUAUUACUUGGCCUAUGUGAAACCAAAACCACAAAAAUUAUUGAAGCAAGAGUAGUUAUGAAAAACCUCAUUCCAAAUAUAAAGUCAUUAUCGUUUACAAACUUUUUAAUUAAUUG